GCCAGAGCUCACCGAGACGCGUCGCGGGGCUCGCGCCGAGCCAGCGGACGCCCGGGCCUCGUUCCCCUCCCAUCGCUGCCUUCUCCCCUCAGCGGGACCGGAACUAUGUGAUCCCGGAAGUUCCGGGGCCAUUGCUGUGUGGGAUAAACAGUAAUGGCGGAGGCUGCGGCUCCCGGAACAACAGCCACAACAUCAGGAGCAGGAGCGGCAGCGGCGGCGGUGGCAGCGGCCUCCCCCACCCCUAUCCCCACAGUCGCUGCCCCGUCCCCGGGGGCGGGAGGAGGGGGCGGUGGCUGGACCAAACAGGUCACCUGCAGGUAUUUUAUGCAUGGGGUUUGUAAGGAAGGAGAUAACUGUCGCUACUCGCAUGACCUCUCUGACAGUCCGUAUGGUGUAGUGUGCAAGUAUUUUCAACGUGGGUACUGUAUUUAUGGAGACCGCUGCAGAUAUGAACAUAGCAAGCCAUUGAAACAGGAAGAAGCGACUGCUACAGAUCUAAUUGCAAAACCUUCCCUUGCUGCUUCCUCGAGUCUCUCAUCCGUGGUUGGACCGCUUGUCGAAAUGAAUACAGGCGAAGCUGAGUCAAGAAAUUCAAACUAUCCAACAGUAGGAGCAGGUUCAGAGGACUGGGUGAAUGCCAUUGAGUUUGUUCCUGGGCAGCCCUACUGUGGACGUACUGCCCCUUCCUGCACUGAAGCACCCCUGCAGGGCUCAGUGACCAAGGAAGAAUCAGAGAAAGAGCAAACUGCAGUGGAAACUAAGAAGCAGCUUUGCCCCUAUGCUGCAGUGGGAGAGUGCCGCUAUGGGGAGAACUGUGUGUAUCUCCACGGAGACUCGUGUGACAUGUGUGGGCUGCAAGUCCUCCACCCGAUGGAUGCAGCCCAGAGGUCACAGCACAUCAAAUCUUGCAUUGAGGCCCACGAGAAGGACAUGGAGCUGUCUUUUGCUGUGCAGCGCAGCAAGGACAUGGUGUGUGGGAUCUGCAUGGAGGUGGUCUAUGAGAAAGCCAACCCCAGCGAGCGCCGCUUUGGGAUCCUCUCCAACUGCAACCACACCUACUGUCUCAAGUGUAUUCGCAAGUGGAGGAGUGCUAAGCAAUUUGAGAGCAAGAUCAUAAAGUCCUGCCCAGAAUGCCGCAUCACAUCUAACUUUGUCAUUCCAAGUGAGUACUGGGUGGAAGAGAAAGAAGAGAAGCAGAAACUCAUUCAGAAAUACAAGGAGGCAAUGAGCAACAAGGCGUGCAGGUAUUUUGAUGAAGGACGUGGGAGCUGUCCAUUUGGAGGGAACUGUUUUUACAAGCAUGCGUACCCUGAUGGCCGUAGAGAGGAGCCACAGAGACAGAAAGUGGGAACAUCAAGCAGAUACCGGGCCCAACGAAGGAACCACUUCUGGGAACUCAUUGAGGAAAGAGAGAACAGCAACCCCUUUGACAACGAUGAAGAGGAGGUUGUCACCUUUGAGCUGGGCGAGAUGUUGCUUAUGCUUUUGGCUGCAGGUGGGGACGACGAGCUGACAGACUCUGAGGACGAGUGGGACUUGUUUCACGAUGAGCUGGAAGAUUUUUAUGACUUGGACCUAUAGCAGCUUUGAGUGGCACGGGAACUGGUCUGCGAGCCUCAGACAGUAGCUGUCCCCUGUGCCGCGUGGCAGUGCGUGUUGCUCUCCUAGGCAGGCCUCUCCACUCCAGGUGCUGUCGUGAUCACUUACCCAGGGCCUGCUGCUCCCCUCCCCUUUCCCCAAGGAGUGUCUGUUUUCUCUGUUUCAAAAAGUUACAAAAAUAAAUCUUAAAGUUA